ACUUUUAACUUGUAGUUUAAAUUGUUGGAUUUUCCGUUACAAAUUUACAACCACCAAUAACUAACCUCCAAGUGACAACAUUGUCUUUUACUUGAACCAUUUUGCUCUUAAAGCCUUCAAAGUUUUGUAACCAUAAACACUUUCAUCAAGCUUUUACAAUGAUACAUGCCACCACCACAACCACUUCCCUACACAAUGACAUGAACACCCUCAUAACCGAAAGCUCAUGCUUGAAACUCCAACCAACGACCUCCCAUGACUCCGAUGACAUCAAGAAAGUUGCAUCACCACCACCACCACAACCACCACAGCAGCCGCCACCACCGUCGCAAUCAUCCCUCAAAUAUGAACCAUUAGAUCAUGGAGAUAUGGAAAUGCACUCUCCAGAUACUAAAACCUUGUGGGAAUCAAUAUUCUCCGACCAACUCGAGGCGGAUUUCAUGAUCUCCUCUCCUGUUAGACCAUCUUUCCCUUCAUCCUCUCAAUCUUCGAGUUUUAAUUAUUUAGCCAAUAACGGACACCCUCCGUUUGGCUGUUCGCCUCCACGGAGGAUGUCCCCGUUGGCACCUUUUAACAAUAGCAAUGGCAACGGCAGAGCAAAAGGAAUGAGUCCACUCCAAAGGGUGUUUAGUAACUGUAACUCCCCUAAUAAUCAGUUCAUGGAAGUCGAAACGAUGUCGUUGCCAGCCAUUGAGAAUUUCUUGGAUGGUUUUGAUGGGGAUGAUGAGUUCUUGGCUUACUCUAACGCUGGUGUGACGGGUGUUGGCUCUUCGGAUCAAUCGUAUGAUUCUCUGGCGAAUAUUCCAGCUUUGUUGGACUGCCUUACUUUGCCUAGUGAUUCUAGGUUUUAUGAUGAUGGUAAUACGACGGUGCAUGGUGGUGGUGGUGGAGGGUCCGCGGAUAUUGAACAGAUGUAUCAUCAAAACCGACAAGUGCCUUCAAGCGCACCGUUGAUGGAACAAUUGGCGCAAGAGAGACGAGAAGAAAAACAACGCAGGCGACAACAACUUGAACCACGACAACAUGUGCCGUCCCGACUACAACCACAACCACACCCACAACCGAUAAGCCAAAGCCCAAACCACCUCAUGGUUCCUCCCCCGGUUGGCGCCGAGGAGCAUGAUAGUGGACUUCAACUGGUGCACCUUCUUCUAGCAUGUGCAGAAGCAGUGGCUAAAGAUGAUUUCAUGUCAGCCAGAAAAUACCUUCACCACCUAAACCGUGUAGUCUCUCCACUCGGCGAUUCAAUGCAGCGCGUCGCCUCAUGCUUCACCGAGGCCCUCACCGCGCGUCUCGCUGCAACGCUCACCACAAAACAACCCUCAUCCACCCCAAAGUUCACUCCCUUUCCUCCUAACGCAAUGGACAUCCUAAAAAUAUACCAAAUUGUUUACCAAGCAUGCCCUUACAUUAAAUUUGCUCAUUUCACAGCCAACCAAGCUAUCUUUGAAGCAUUUGAAGUUGAAGAACGUGUACAUAUCAUUGACCUGGAUAUCCUCCAAGGCUACCAAUGGCCUGCUUUCAUGCAAGCCCUGGCAGCCAGGCCCAACGGGCCACCUUUUCUUCGGAUCACCGGUAUCGGCUCCCCUCCAGAGUGCAUUAGAGAAACCGGACGGUGCUUGACCGAGCUAGCCCACUCUCUCCACGUCCCCUUCGAGUUCCACGGAGUUAGCGAACAACUUGAAGACUUGGAACCACACAUGUUCAACCGAAGAGUUGGUGAAGCACUGGCGGUUAACUCAGUUAACCGCCUUCAGCGUGUCCCGGCUCAUUUCCUAGGAAACUUACUAGCAAUGAUCCGGGACCAAGCACCGAAUAUCGUUACAAUAGUUGAGCAAGAAGCGAGCCAUAACGGGCCUUACUUUUUGGGUAGGUUCUUGGAAGCGUUACACUACUAUUCAGCCAUCUUUGACUCGCUGGAUGCCACGUUCCCGGCCGACUCGCCGCAGCGCGCUAAGGUGGAACAGUAUAUAUUUGCACCGGAGAUUAGGAACAUUGUGGCAUGUGAAGGGGCUGAAAGAGUGAUGAGACAUGAGAGGUUGGAGAAAUGGAGGAAGAUUAUGGAGGGAAAAGGGUUUCAAGGGGUGCCACUGAGUGAGAACGCGGUGACUCAGUCAAAGAUAUUACUGAGUUUGUACUCGUGUGAUGGGUACAGGUUGACUGAAGAUAACGGGUGUUUGUUGUUAGGAUGGCAAGAUAGGUCAAUUCUUGCGGCUUCUGCAUGGAGGUGUUGACUUAUUUUCAUUUUUAGUAAAUUUUAAUUGUUAUGUUAUGUUUGUGCGUAAUAUUUUAUUAUUUUGUUACCCUUUUUAUGUUUAGUGAAGCUAGUGAAAGGCCAAAAUGAAAAGGGAAUACAACGUCCAACUUCUAUUUCCUAUUGCCUUUGUUUAGUGAUUUAAACUUGUAUAACUUGGAGUUUACAAUACUGAAAAUUGAUCUUAUGUAGUA